AUGACCUCCUUACUUGAUUUACCAUCCGAGAUUCGCUUGAUAAUAUAUUCCCAUUUGCUCAACCCAAAUGAAUAUGUAAAAUGCUACCGAAAGCUGAGGGACCAAUGGUCAUCAGUAGCCGUACAGAAGCUCUUCAUUAUCUAUAUCGGAUACCCCUCAAUCUCUACGGCACUCCCAGCACAUAUUUCGUCAUGCGUCAGAUGGAUAUUACAGAAAAUCCGUGUUGGUAUUCUGCGACUAAUUCAUGCCAACAAGCAUUUUGUCCUUUCGCUCUUAGAUAUAUGGGGUGCCGAGAACCGGCUAGAACGACUUGAUGUAUAUCGGCCCAAGACCCAGCUUGACAGUCAACACUGGAAGGUUGUAGAAAGCAGGCUUUGGACCUUCUCAAGUGUGGUUCCGGUUGUGUUCCAUGAGGUUGAUAAUCCGCUCAAGGUGGAGGCCUCCAGGGCUACCUACAUAGUCCAGAUCUCGAAUGGGUAUCAGUAG